UCGCGAACUUCCUCGAGUAAUACGAUAGCCAAUAUGGCUGAGAAAGAAGAAGAUUUCUCCUCUUUGCCGUUGCCAGACAGAUUUCAACACAAGAUAUGGAAAGUGCGAAAGGCAGGCUACGAAGAUGCUGCCAAACAAUUUGAAAUAACGCCAGACGAGCACGAUCCGGCAUUCAAACCGUUCCUACAUGAGCCAAGUCUAUGGAAGGGCGCAGUAGCAGACUCCAAUGUUGCGGCCCAGCAAGAUGGUAUUGCGGCGCUGUGUGCUUUUCUCAAAUUCGGUGGACGUGAAGGUUGCACAAGAACGAGAAGUCAUACUGUGACAUCUAUAGUCGAAAAGGGACUUUCUUCUACAAGAGCAGCAACAAAGGCAUCAUCUCUCGAGGCCAUUUUACUUUACAUCGAAUUGGAUACCGCUGCACCUAUUAUAGAAGACCUCCUUCCCGGGGUUUCCAACAAGCAGCCCAAGGUCAUCGCAGCUACAUUAGCAGCAUUGACAGCUGUAAUCCACAACUAUGGCUGCAAAACAGUCGAUCCAAAACCUAUCCUCAAGAUCUUACCAAAAGCCUUCGGUCAUGCCGAUAAAAAUGUACGAGCAGAGGCUACAAAUCUUGCAGUGGAGUUCUACAGAUGGUUAAGGGAGGCCAUGAAACCCAUGUUCUGGGGAGAUCUCAAACCGACACAACAAACGGAUAUGGAUGCCCAAUUUGAGAAGAUCAAGGCGGAGCCAACACCAAAGCAAGAACGAUUCUUACGAUCCCAGCAAGCCGCAAUGUCACGAGCUCCUCCACCAGGUGCAGAGCCCGAAGAAGAGGACGAGCUCGAAGAGGAAGCAGUUGUAAUCGACGCAUUUGAUUUAGCGGAACCUCAAGAAGUUCUGUCCAAGGUACCAGCCGAUUUCCACGACAACUUGGCUUCAUCCAAAUGGAAAGAGCGGAAGGACGCCGUUGAAGCGCUUUACACGGUUCUAAAUGUCCCGAGAAUCAAAGAUGGUGAUUAUGGUGACAUUGUGAGAGGAUUAGCGAAAAGCAUGAAGGAUGCCAAUGUUGCCGUUGUUACACAAGCAGCACAGUGUAUCGAAGUUCUAGCCAAAGGAAUGAGGAAAUCAUUCUCUAAGUACCGUGCCAUGGUUACUGGCCCAAUUAUGGAGAGGCUAAAGGAGAAGAAGGCAUCUGUUUCCGAUGCUCUCGGCGCUGCUCUAGAUCAAGUCUUCCUUGCAACAAACCUAUCGGACAAUUUGGAAGAAAUGCUUGAAUUUUUGAAGCACAAAAACCCACAGGUGAAGGAAGGGACCAUGAAAUACUUGAUUAGAUGUUUGAAGACGACGCGCGAAGCACCAACGAAGCAAGAGGUCGCGUCGAUAUCAGAGGCAGCGAAGAAGUUGCUGUCCGAAUCGGGAGAAGUAUUGCGAUCUGGAGGAGCAGAGAUAAUAGGUACAGUCAUGAAGAUAAUGGGGGAGCGAGCCAUGGGACCACAUCUUGAAGGACUUGAUGAUAUCAGAAAGACAAAAAUCAAGGAGUUCUUUGACACUGCGGAAGUCAAAGCAAAAGAUAAACCAAAGCCCCCACCAGCUGCUGCUGCUGCUCCUCGUGCCGCUCCUGCAGCCGCGCCUCGAAAGGUUGUCGGGAAGAAGGCAGCACCGAAAAAGGCCGUUGCUCCAAGUAUAUAUGCCCAAGAAGCUCCAUUAGCUCCUCAACCAACAGCAAGGAGUAAACUCGGGGCGCCGAAAGUUGGUGGUCUGAAAGCACCAAUAAAACGCGUACUCCCUGGACCCGGAGGAGCACCGUCAACAGCGUCCCCUCGACGUCCUGCUGCUCAACCACCCCCACCUGAAGAAGAGGCACCUCCUCCGCCACGCCUCGGCUUGGGCCGUGGUCUCGCUGGUCGUCCUCUUGCAAAGGCACCUGUAGUGAAUCCUCCUUCACCUGUCCCAAUGUCACCACCUCCAAACCCAGGCAUGAGUCCUGUCGAACGAGCCGAGUUAGAAGAGCUCCGAUUAGACAAAGACCGUUUACUGCGGCAAGCCGACGAUUUCCGCCAAGAACGCUCACGUCUCAACUCCGAGGUGCAAGAACUGAAGAACCAAAACGCCCAACUAAUCGAAGAUCACACCCGAGACGUCCUCUCCAUCAAAGCCAAAGAAACCCAACUUGUGCGCGCUCGAUCAGAUUGUGAAGCUGCGGAAGCUAUGUGCGGACAGCUGCGUAGAGAAAUGGAGAGACUGAAGCGCGCCCUGACAACUGCAGAACGGGUCAACAGUCCUCCCGUCGGCCUCCCUAGCCCGGGUCGCGAUGUCUUCAAUGACGAAGCGGGUAUCUACCGUGACACAGGCAUGUACGGCGCGGCGCAAGACACCAGCUCUCGCGCCGGCUUCAAUAGUCGAGGUCGCAUGUCCUACACCUCUACCCUCUCUGAAGAAAAAGAAAAUACUGGCGACGGCUUAUCUGGUACUUAUGGUCGCAGUAAAUUCAGUCCCGAGUUACGGAAUGGCAGGACCAGCGCGGCGAGCGGGAGUGGAGGGAGGAGUAGUCCCGCUCCGCCGCCGGCUUACCAGAGUCGAAUUGCUAGAGAUACGGGCAGUAACUAUAGUGGGGACAGUGGUGGGCGCGGAGAGGCGGGUGGGAAUAAUGGACAGGGUGUUGAAAGUUGGAAGCGUGCUGCGGAGGUUACAAGUGCGCUGAAGUUGAAGAUUGAGCAGAUGAAGGCAAGACAGGGCAUUUCGCGGCCUUGA